UAUCGCCGGGCAGGAAGUGAGUGAGUGCUGUCAACCCAGUGGAGGCUAGAGAUAACACGCCCCCUCAUCCCUCCCAUCCGUCUUCCAGGCCCGCCCCUGGCUUCAGUUGAGCUCGGUCGCCCCCCAGCGCUUCAUCAUGGACGCCGAAGGGCGCAAGGUUUUAGUGUGCGAUAACGGCACGGGCUUCGUCAAGUGCGGCUAUGCCGGCUCCAACUUCCCCGCCCACAUCUUCCCUUCGCUGGUGGGUCGGCCUAUCAUCCGAGCGGCCAACCGCAUCGACGACAUCGAGGUCAAGGACCUGAUGGUGGGCGAUGACGCGUCCACCCUCCGCUCCAUGCUCGAGGUGAACUACCCCAUGGAAAACGGCAUGGUCCGCAAUUGGGAGGACAUGUGUCACGUCUGGGACUACACAUUUGGACCCGAGAAGCUCAAUGUGAACCCGCACGAGUGCAAGGUCCUGCUCACCGAACCGCCCUUGAACCCCACCCGCAAUCGCGAGAAGAUGAUCGAGGUCAUGUUCGAAAAGUACGGCUUCUACGGCACGAAUAUCGCCAUCCAAGCCGUGUUGACCCUGUACGCCCAGGGCUUGUUGACGGGCGUGGUGGUGGAUAGCGGGGAUGGCGUCACCCACAUCUGUCCCGUGUACGAAGGGUUUGCCUUACCGCAUUUGACGCGACGAUUGGAUAUCGCCGGACGCGAUAUCACACGCUACUUGAUUAAGCUGCUCUUGUUGCGCGGUUACGCCUUCAAUCACACGGCCGAUUUCGAAACCGUCCGGAUGAUGAAGGAGAAGUUGUGCUACGUGGGCUACGACGUGGUCACCGAGCAGAAACUGGCCCAAGAGACCACGUUCCUGGUUGAGCCCUACACAUUGCCCGAUGGUCGCGUGAUCAAAGUGGGUGGGGAGCGCUUCGAAGCCUCCGAGGCCCUCUUCCAGCCCCAUUUGAUCAACGUGGAAGGCCAGGGCAUGGCCGAGUCCGUGUUCAGCGCCAUCCAGGCCGCGGAAAUGGACAUCCGACAAGAUUUAUACAAGCACAUCGUGCUCUCCGGCGGGUCCACCAUGUACCCCGGAUUACCCUCCCGAUUGGAGCGGGAAAUCCGCCAAUUGUAUCUGGAGCGCGUCCUCAAAGGCGAUACGGAGCGGUUCGCCAAGUUUAAGAUCCGAAUCGAGGACCCACCCCGACGCAAGGACAUGGUCUUCAUCGGCGGAGCCGUUCUGGCCAAUGUCAUGAAGGACCGGCAGGAGUUCUGGAUGAGCAAGGCCGAGUACGAGGAGACGGGCUUGAAUGUGUUAAAGAAGCUGGGUCCGCAGGCCACGGCUUAAGGGGGGAGCUCUGGUCGCGAUUUCCUUCCCAUUCGGGUUAACUGUGAUUUACUCGGGAAUGGACCGAGAGACCUGACCAGGAUGAGGGUCGUCCAUUCAUUCAUUUAUUCACUAUGAUUUCUUACACUGGCUUUAUUUAACGACGUGUACCCAUCGCUAUUUUCUAUCGUUUCGCUUGAUCUUCUGAUUGUCUCGGUCUGUGGCAUAAACCUAUCGCGGCGAAUACACUAGUUACGUUUAUAACUUACGUUUGACAUAUGACAUCA